CCUCUGAGUUACCAGAUAAAGAGGCUGAUCCGGAAGGCUUUCUAUUGGUUGAACAACUAAUGAUGCAUGGACCAUGUGGACCAAAGUGUAUGAAUGAUAACAAAUGCACCAAAAAGUUUCCACGACCCUACAAUGACAACACAAGCAUCAAUGAAGCUGGCUACAUUACUUACCGUAGGAGAUAUGAGGAAACAAAAUUUGUCAUGAAAGGAGAUGCAAAGCUUGAUAAUAGCUAUGUUGUGCCUCACAAUCUCCUACUUCUUAAGAAAUACAGAGCUCAUAUCAAUGUUGAAUGGUGCAAUAGAUCAUCAGCCAUAAAGUAUCUGUUCAAGUAUAUCACAAAAGGAGUUGACAUGGCUACAAUGGCAAUCGAAAAGAAAAGAGUGGGGGAACAGAAAACAGAAGAAAGUGAAUCAAAAGAAGAGAUCAAUGAGAUAGCGAACUACUUGGAAUGCCGUUACCUCUCUGCAUGUGAAGCUGCUUGGCGUACUUUUGCCUUUGAUAUACAUGAACGAAAACCUGCAGUAACAAGAUUACCAGUACACCUAGAAGAUCAACAGAGAAUUGUUUACCCUGAAGACAGGAAUCUCGAAUCCAUUAUCUCACAAUAUGGAAUUGAGAAAACAAUGCUUACAGAAUAUUUUGAGAUGUGCAAACGAUGUCCUGAAGCAAGAGAACUUACAUAUGGCCAGUUCCCUACAAAAUUCGUGUGGGAUUCAGAUGCAAAAACGUGGUCACCAAGGAAACAAGGAUUCAGCAUAGGAAGAAUAGCAAACAUUCAUCCAACAGCAGGAGAUUUAUAUUAUUUGAGAAUGUUACUAAAUAUACUCAAAGGUCCGACAAGCUUUGAUGAUAUGAAAACAGUUGACAAUGUCAAACACAAGUCAUUCAAAGAAGCAUGUUAUGCAAGAGGAUUGUUGAAUGGUGAUUCAGAAUGGAAAGAGGCUAUGGAUGAAGCAGCACAAUAUGCAUAUCCUUUCCAGCUUCGCCAUCUUUUUGUGACAUUGUUACUCUACUGCGAAUUAAGUAGUCCUCUUAUUCUAUGGGAGCAUUGUUGGCGUCACUUAGCUGAAGACAUAGCCCAUAAACAGAGACAGACAUUCAACUUUGAGGCCCAACAAUUCACAGAUGAAGAGCUACAAAGCUAUACACUUAUAGAAAUAGAGAGGAUUCUAGCGCAAAAUGAUAAAUCACUAACCGAUUUUGACGACAUGCCAAAGCCAGACAGUGAAUUGUUGAAGAAAAUGAAAAAUUCAAUGCUCAGAGAUGAAACGACUUACAAUAUGCUUGAACAAGAAGAAGAGCAUAGAAAGUUAAUACAAACAUUAAAUGAGGAGCAGAAGAAAGUAUAUGAAGCUGUUAUUGACUCGGUUAACUGUAUGAAAGGGAAAUUAUUUUUUCUCAAUGGACCAGGAGGGACAGGAAAAACCUAUGUCUAUAAGACAAUCAUCUCAAGGUUAAGAUCACAAAGAAAAAUUGUACUACCAGUGGCAUCAUCUGGAAUUGCAGCUACACUUUUACCUAAUGGUAGAACAGCACAUUCGCGUUUCAAGAUUCCGAUAGAUCUUCACCAAGACAGUAUGUGCAACAUUAGUCGUGGUACCAUGCUUUCUGAAUUACUUGAAAAAACUGAUCUCAUCAUCUGGGAUGAAGCACCUAUGUGCCAUCGAUUUGUUUUUGAAGCUCUUGAUAGGACUUUGCGAGAUAUACUCUCUGUGGCAGAUCCAGAUGCAGCAACAAAGCCCUUUGGAGGGAAAACAGUACUCCUUGGUGGUGAUUUUAGACAAAUUCUGCCAGUCAUUCCACAAGGCACAAGGCAACAAACUGUUAUGGCAACAAUCAACCGUUCAUAUUUAUGGAAUUACUGCUCUAUAUUCACUCUUGAGAAAAAUAUGAGGUUGCACCAAGCUGAGAAAGAUUUUGCUAAAUGGCUAUUAGGUAUCGGUGAUGGUACAACACCUACACCACCAAAAUACAGAACCUCGAAUGAAGAAAUCAGCAUAGUUGAAAUAGACAACAGUCUGCUCUUGAAAAACAAUGGAGAUCCUGUGGAAUGCAUUACAAAGUCUACAUAUCAAGAUUUCCAAGUUCACUUUAAAGAUAAGAAUUAUCUCAUCGAAAGAGCAAUACUUACUCCAAGGAACGAAACUGUGGACGAAGUGAAUAACUACAUGAUAUCUUGCUUAGACGGAGAGCAGAAGGAAUAUUUGAGUUCUGAUAGUAUUGGCGACGACAAAGAAAAAGUGGCAAAUCAGCAUAUUCUAUACCCCACUGAUUUUUUAAAUACGUUGAAAUUUUCAGGGAUUCCAAAUCACAAACUUGAUCUCAAAAUAGGUGUUCCAGUCAUGCUACUAAGAAAUUUAAACCAACGGGAAGGACUUUGCAAUGGUACAAGGUUGCUAAUAACUCGCCUAGGAAACAGGAUUAUUGAAGCAGAAAUUCUUACCGGAACUUAUGUAGAAAAACGGGUUCUUAUUCCUAGAAUAUGUCUCACACCAACAGAUGCAAGAUGGCCUUUCAAGCUGAAACGACGUCAGUUCCCGGUACGAGUAUGCUAUGCAAUGACUAUCAACAAGAGCCAAGGUCAAAGCUUAAACAAAGUUGGUCUAUAUUUGCCAAGUCCAGUCUUCUCUCACGGACAACUGUAUGUCGCCCUAUCAAGAGUCACUACAACUGCAGGGCUUAAAAUUCUUAAAGUAGAGACAAAACAUGAUGACAAUAGAGUUCUACAAAAUAUUGUAUAUCAAGAAGUUUUCAAUAAUAUAUGAAAUACUUAGAAAGAGGUCAAAC